GAACGUCUGCACUCUGAAGGUUCCUUCAAUUCGCAGUUUUGGUACAGAACGACCCUACUGCCACGCCUUCACCUUGACGAAGAACUCCGGCGAUUGCAUGCGCAAAACACCCAUAAGCAACUAGUAACAAGCAGGACCCGGAUAUAUCAGAACAGUGCAUGGAACCGCCUCGGAGAGUUCAGCUUUCCCGGACGCUUAAGAACCUCAAAGUCGUCGCUGGCCAUUAUUGCUAUGCCACGUGACUCGAACCCACCAAUCGUGUACACUGAUUCGACCAGAAGCACCGUCGUCUGCAUGCCUCGCCUGUGUUUCCGUCAGCGCUGAAGUAAUGAACCGAGACUUAUUAAUUUUGGGCUGACAAAGGCCGCGAGCAUACUCGGAACGCAAAUAACAUUAGAGACGGCGAGGCGUAUGCACAGCCAAGCGCUUCUUCUCUGGCCUCGGGUGUUCGGGAGCUCUGCGAAAGGUCAUGGGACAAAUAUGGCCGCUCGGGUGAUUGCUACUACGUUUGUGGCUGCCGGUCUGAUUCUACUAGUGCUGGCGGAGGAGCCCGACUUCAUGAAUCAAGUGAUGCCCGUGAUAUGCGCGGCUACCCAGAACUUGACAAGGCGAAUCUGGUACUUGGCUUGCGUGGAGUACCUCAUGGAGUACGGGCUGGAAAACGACGCCAACUACUGUUUCAGCAGUGUGAACACAGAGACAUGGGAGGAAGCUUUCCGAUUCUUCUGCGGGGACAAAGAGGAAGACAAGCACCACUUCCUGAUGCAGUGCUUCUCGGACCGCAUUAACGAGAACGUCAUGUACGACGCCAGGGACGUGGAUAAGAUGCUCAGGAACUGCAAGUACAGGAUUCCGCCAGACUGAACUACGACCUUCGGCUUCAACAACAGCUGCACUGAGUAAGGCUAGUGAGCGCCACUACUUCAAACCACAUAUUUCUGUCGUGAUUCAAGCCAUAUAAAUGCAACGGGCAUUUCGCCGACGGCCGAGCGACAUUUGUUAAGAGCUGCAAGACUCGCAGCCGACGUAUCCUUUGACAAUAAAUAAAAUAUAA